GUGUGCGGGGCGCCGGCGGGCUGCCCCGGGUGCGGUGGCAGCCGGGCACGGCGGUGGAGGAGGGCGACACCGUGCAUCUCGAGUGCCAGCUGGCCCUGGGCGUCCCCGGCCCCGCCAUCUGGCUGAAGCUGGACCCGCGCGACCCGCACAGCCACGUCCUGCUGUCCCACGGCGAGAUCGUCAUCACCGACGACCCGAGGUUCUCCGUCGAGCAUCACCCGGAAAGCAACAACUACGUGGUGCAGAUUCGCGAGGUUUCGCCAGAGGACGCGGGCAGCUACCAGUGCCAGGUGCCCGUGAACUCUGCGGAGGAGGAGCUGCGCGUGGAGGCGGCGCCGCCCGUGGUGGUCACGCUGCUGUCUUCAGCGAGCAGCCCGGCGCCCACUCGGCCUCGCAAGCAGCCCUUCACACCCGCUAGGUCCUCGGCGCCUGGCAACUGCCCUUCGCCACACACCUUCCUCCUCUUCUUGGGUUUUCUCCUUCUUUCCAACUUCGCAAGAUAGAAUAGAUACAAAGCGAAGGGGGGAUUGAGGAUAUAAAGCGAGGGGGUAAAGGAGGGGUUAUUUGGGAUAAGGUGAGCAUUUGGAAUUUGGAAUAAGGUGAGAGUGGCCUGCUGGAAGGAGAGUUCGAGUAACCAGUGUGAAGUCUUCAUGGAAUCUUAAAAUAAGGAGAAUCAACAACAACGUCAUGGAAGGAGAAUGAAUAUAGAAUGAAUUGUGGAAUGAUGAAAGAAGAGGUCGAAGAGAUUAGACGAAAGAAAAAGAGUCUGAGGUCGAGGUAUUUAAGAGGAUGACCCUCUCAAACAAGAACUCUCUCGCUCCAUCCUCUCCAGUAGCGUUGUGACCGUUGACCUUUUCUUUGUAGAGGUCAUGAGUAAUAGAAUGGCAGUAUAUGAAAAAAACAGGUGAUACGUCUUAAACUUUAAUUAACAAGUAGGCGAUGGAAUAUUGAUAAGAAUAUUUUUAGAAAGACCUCUUCAGUUCAUGUGAAUAUCGAAAAGGAGGGGGGGGAGAUAAUACAGGUGAAAAUCAACAUAAAUUUUAUUGCCAUUGUUAUAUGGGAUUACAAGUCUAUAUUUCUUCGAAUUAGUUUAUUUCCUCAUAGUCCUGCCAAGCUAGACUUUAUGAUUAUCAAACCUAGAUUUAGACUUUAUCAUCAUGUGAUAGUAAUACAUAUGUGAUUAAUAUUAUAGAUGCCUUUUCUCCCAUUUUAUGGAUGUUGUGUGUGUGUGUCAUCAGUUUCAUAAAAGCCUAUUUUCAUAUCACAUGUUAAGUUGUGUGUGUGUGUGUGUUAAUAUAUCAAAAGAAACUAAUAGAUGACAGGUUUUGUGGGUGUAGAAGCGACCAUUAAGUGUUUUCUACAUGCAUAAAAUCUGCCAGUAUCAUUCAUAGCCUGCUGACUGACUGGUUGACUGAAUAUCCCUUUUCAUAUUUCUUAUAGAGAAAGGCAAGGUCCCCAGAUUUUGUUUUUUGGAUUACGUAUAGAAAUAGAUUAAUGUUAAAAUUAUGGGAAAAGGAAUUCAUAUCAGUGUCCCUUGUUACUAAUGAACGCCAUAGUGGUAUGGUUGCUUGAAGUAAUAUCAUAUUAAACAUUCUUAU